AAAACGUACGACGAAAGGUACGUUUUCUCGAGAGAAAGCUGAAGCUAGCCAAUCCAGGAGUUGUCGAUCCAUCGCUUGUUCAAAUCAACAAUCGUGCCUUCGAUUUUCGUAGCCCACUGUAGCCCACGAGAACCACGUGGAAUCUUCCGAUGCACGGAGACGAGCGUCUGAAAAAUUCGACGAGCUUCUUUCGUCGCUCUGCCGGUGUGGAACGGCACGGCUGGAGGAGCAACGACGCUUUUCUUGGUCGAUCGUAAUCCAUCGGUUGUACGAUAUCGGUAGUUGACGCGAGCGAUCGUAAUCCUGACGAAUCUCGCGCGUUCACCGUUUGCUCGGUGAAAAAUGUGGAAAGCAGCCGGAGGAUACGGCGCGCGUGAUCUUCGAUCUGGACAAAUUCGCGGCACGGGCGUGCUCGCGAGCAGUUAGAGAUCAAACAUCGAUGGGAACGCGCUUCAGUCGGGCCGCGUUGAAAUGGUGGUGUAGUAGGAUUACUUCGAUACUUCGGUAAUCCAAAGAAGAAUGGAGGUAGACCGACGAAGAAUUUACGGCGGAUAGGUUCCAUUAACGGUGAGCACGACUGUGACGAACUGAAAAUUGGAAAUCGAACCACUCGGUCGUCCUGCCCGAAAGAAGGAACCAGCUGAGAGGGGGGAAAAGAGAAAAGAAGGAACAGAAAGAAAGAAGAAGCGAAAAACCAAUAGAACCAAGUAAUACUCCUGCGAAAGUGUACUAAGAAGGAUAAUUUCAAAUAUCAUAAACGUGGUUGGAAACGGAAUCCUUGUAGAGAAAAGAAGAAGCAAACAAACAAAUCCACAGGAAACGAUCGAGGGAACAAAAUAGCUGAAGGGAAAAUCAAACUGCUUGCUAAAGUCCUUGAAAGUCUCGGCGAAACGGAACCUCACGUGUCUGUCGAAUGAAUCGAACCUCCAAAUGAGAAUUCGAAUUUACCUGUGAAAGAAGAAAAGAAGCAAAAGAAAGAAAAUACGAGAAGAACGAUCGGUGAUCGAUACAGGGUAAAACGACGUUACGUAUCUAGACGAGCAACGAUCAUUCCAGCGAUCAGGCUGCUGCGUAGUCGCGGUUAGAGAGGGAACGGGGGCAAUCGUUCGCAAAGAUUUCAGUGCUAUGCAUCGCGUUGGCUCGUGGAGCCUCGAUGACCUUGACUCAGCGAGCAUGAAGCACCCAUCGAGGUCACCGAGACUUGAAAUUGCUAUGGCACUGUUCGGCAUGGUCUGGCUGCUGCGUGUUCGCUCGGAGAUGCGUCGUUGCUCGAAAUGCCGGCACGAGGAGAUCCUGGCAGCCCAGCAACAGCAGCAACAACAGCAGCAGCAGCAGCAGCAACAGCAGCAACAGCAGCUGCAGCAACAGCAACAACAACACCAUCAUCUCCAUCAUCAUCCCCAUCACCAGCAACGCACACUGUCGCAGACCACCAGUCUGCUACAGACGCCCGACGACGCGGUCAGCUCGUCGGCGAAUACUCUGUUCACUUUGGACACGCCUGGCGCCGCCGGUUCCGCCGGAAGUUACUGCGAGGUGCACGGGUUCGUGCAAGCGAAAGAAGAUAUCCAGGAGUUUUACGAGCUGACGCUGCUCGACGAGUCGAAAUCGGUGCAGCAGAAAACGGCGGAGACGAUCCGCAUCGCCGACAAAUGGGAAGCCAGCGAUGGGCCAAUUACGCCGACCUUCGCUCAAAACGACGGUGGUCCAGACUUCCCGGUGAACCAGACUCUGUCGAACAUUUAUGGCCGCAAGUCGGCCAGUCCAGAAGCUCCGGACCACGUAGACGAAACUCAGAAGACCCGUUACGCUGGUGGAGGAGUGGACGAGCAACUGCCACCGCCGCCGUCGCCGCCCCAGCUGAAGGAGGCAGGCCAACUGGACGGAGUUCCUAGACCGAAUUCGGUCGAUCGUAUCCUACAUCCCGACGGUAGCCAGCACAUCCUAACUAGCCACGAAGCCGUGAACAAGAGUCACGACAGCUGGCAAGGACACGACGGGGACCAGGGUCGUACGGAAGGUGGAGGCUGCUGAGAUUCAACCGCGGACAAACAUUCUGAAAAAUACGAGAAAGAAAUGGAACUCUUGACGUUCGGUCCCCGACAUGCACUAAUUAAGCUCCAGCAUCCUCUUCGGCGCUUUUCCUUGGAUUCCAUUAUGUUCGAUGCAAUAAACCACGAGAUCAAUUGUUUCGCA